CUUCUUUAUUCUACUGCCCAUUAUCUUGCUCAUUUUUGCUCUCUGACUAUGGCUAACUCAUCUUCAAUAUCCAUCUCAAAUAUUCAACUCCAGCACAUAACUCACAUCUCAGACUACUUUUUUUCUCAAGGCCAAGAAAAUACUCUCCAAAAAUACACUAACCCCCUUGACAAAAACCCAUUUUACCGUACAGUCCCUGGGUUUUACCUAACCCCAGCUGAUAUCGUCCUCCGCAACAACAUCAUCGAUCUUUCUGGAACUUUCCAAUCUCCUACACCGUCUUUAGCUUACCACAGAGCUGGGCCCCGCAAGCAAAUCUUGUUCAACCCUAGCACUGUAAAAGCUGCUAUUGUAACUUGUGGCGGUCUGUGUCCUGGUUUGAAUACUGUUAUUAGGGAAUUAGUUGUUGGGUUGUGGGAAAUGUAUGGAGUUAGAGAGAUUUUUGGUAUCAAAGCGGGUUAUCGCGGAUUUUAUAGUUAUGAUCCUGUUUUACUGAAUCGUAAAAUGGUUGAUGAUUGGCAUAAGAGAGGUGGUACUGUGCUUGAGACAUCUAGGGGUGGUUUUGAUUUGAAUAAGAUUGUCAAUGCUAUUCAAGAUCAUGGCUUUAAUCAGGUUUACAUCAUAGGAGGAGACGGUACAAUGCGUGGAGCAGUGAAGAUAUUCGAGGAAGUAAAACAACGAAAAUUAUAUAUCUCAGUGGUCGGUAUCCCAAAGACAGUGGACAAUGAUGUUGGCAUUAUAGACAGAUCGUUCGGGUUUCAAACCGCAGUAGAGAUGGCACAACAAGCGAUUAAUGCAGCUCAUGUAGAAGCUGAGAGUGCAGUAAAUGGUAUAGGGCUGGUGAAACUUAUGGGUCGCAGUACUGGUCAUAUUGCAUUACAUGCAACGUUAAGUAACCGUGAUGUAGAUUGUUGUUUGAUUCCCGAGAUCGACUUCUACUUGGAAGGUAAGGGAGGGUUGCUGGAAUUUCUUGAGUCUCGACUAAAGGAGACUGGGCACGCGGUAUUGGUGGUUGCGGAGGGUGCAGGACAAGAUAUGAUUCCGAGGACUGAAUCCCAGAAAACAGAGAAGGACGAGUCGGGCAACCCCGUUUUCUUGGAUGUUGGAGGGUGGUUAAAGUCAGAACUCAAGAAUUGGUGGAAUAGGGAUCAUCCGAACGAGUUGUUCACGAUAAAGCACAUAGAUCCUACGUAUAUGAUACGAGCAGUUCCUGCAAAUGCAACGGACAAUUCGUACUGCACUCUGCUGGCGCAUUCGGCAAUUCAUGGAGUUAUGGCAGGGUAUACUGGAUUUGUUUGUGGCCCUAUAAAUGGAAAUUAUGCAUACAUUCCAGUAGAUGAGAUUGCUAAGGCAAAGAACAAAGUUGAUACCAAAGAUCAUAAAUGGUCAUGGGUAAGAUCUGUUAGCAAUCAGCCAGAUUUUAUCAGAAGUUAAAAAGCUUUUGGAAGGCUUCUACUGUAGCAUUUAAUACUUGGGACAAUUUUUGUACUUCAAUGAUCAAUUUGGACACACUCUUUGUCCGCUGCUUUUUCUUUUU